GAAAUCACCACCAAUCGUCUUCUUGUUAUGCAAUCAAGGGGAGCUACUCAAUUAAUUUCCUGCAAUUCCCAGUUCUCUCAAAUGCUAAGCAACCUCAGCCAUAAACUUCGGCGCCUCUGUUCUAGACUAUACUGGCCAAUACGGAGGCGUUCCAAGAUCAAAAUUGUCAUCAGGAGGUUUGGGAAGUGUAACCUGAAAUCUUCUCAGGCGAAAGAAGAACCCAUCUCCAACGAGUCAUCCAUCCAUCAAAAUGGUCAACUGGGCACUCCUACUUCUAAAUUCGAGAGGCCAAUUCGACUUGCGACUUUCAAUGCGGCCCUGUUCUCCAUGGCUCCUGCCAUCCCCCAGUCUGAGAAGUCUGUUGUCUUUGAUUAUGGGGAGGAAGAUUAUCUCAAGGUCAGGCGUUCCAUGGAGGUUGAUAUCAGAGCCAAGUCUGUAAAUGAUCGUCCCAAGAGCAUACUCAAGCAAUCUCCCCUGCAUCCCAACUCUAUGAACAGUCCUGACCAUGCUACCAAGCAACAGAAGUUCGCAAAAUCAAAAUUGAGGGUCUCUAUCAAUCUCCCUGACAAUGAAAUCUCAUUGGUGCGCAGUAGACAGUCGAGUUUUGCAGAAGCGAACGGUGAGGGGCCUUCUUCGUCGAGCACGAUUACAAGCAGGAACCAAAAAGGCAAAGCUCCUCUGAGGUCCAGUGUGAGCUUCUCAGCCAAUAUGAUAAUCACUGAUAGAGUCGAUGAGAGCCGGAGAAACCGUCGAUCCAUUCUGGAAGUGCUGAGGGAAGUGGAUGCAGAUAUAUUAGCUCUGCAAGAUGUCAAAGCAGAGGAAGAGAAAGGCAUGAAACCUCUAUCAGACUUGGCUAGUGCCUUGGGUAUGACAUAUGCAUUCGCUGAGAGCUGGGCUCCUGAGUAUGGGAACGCUGUGUUGUCUAAGUGGCCAAUUAAGAGAUGGCAAGUUCAGAAAAUAUUCGAUGAUACAGACUUCAGGAAUGUGCUGAAGGCAACAAUUGAUGUGCCCCAGGCAGGAGAAUUCAACUUCUAUUGCACUCAUCUUGACCAUUUGAAUGAGAACUGGAGGAUGAAGCAGAUAAAUUCAAUUAUCCAAUCAAAUGCUCAGCCUCACAUCUUAGCUGGAGGGCUCAACUCCCUAGAUGAAACAGACUACUCUGCAGAGAGAUGGUCAGAUAUUAAGAAGUACUAUGAGGAGAUUGGAAAGCCGACACCAAAGGUUGAUGUGAUGAAGUUCUUGAAGGGGAAGCAAUAUGUAGAUUCCAAGGACUUUUCAGGGGAAUGCGAAUCAGUAGUUAUAAUUGCCAAAGGCCAAAAUGUGCAGGGGACAUGCAAGUAUGGGACAAGAGUUGAUUACAUAUUGGCAUCGCCGGGCUCAGUAUACAAGUUUGUUCCUGGGUCUUACUCUGUUAUGUCAUCGAAAGGGACGUCUGAUCACCAUAUAGUGAAGGUUGAUGUGGUAAGGGUAGAUAACUGCACUGAACAAAAGGUUGCCUCACGGCGUAGAAGAAAACCUAAACGGAAGGUUGUAAAGAUAACAAAUCCUUCUUCAUCAAGCGGAAUAUAGAAAACAAAUACUUGAGGGUGUCAUAGAAUUGCUUCUUCUUCUUCUCCUCCUUAUUCUUUUUUACAAAUAUAUAUAUUUCAUAUUCUUUUUUGGGGGUGGGGAAUGUAGAGUUAGUUUAAAUUGCAUCAUCAUCCUGAGAGAUAACUUGUUAUGUAAAUAAUUGUUUAUAUCUGAAAUGACAUUGGAAAGAAAUUAA